AUGUUCGUGGAAGAUAUCAAAAAUGAUUUCUACAACUUGCUUCUUGGAAAUCGUGUCUUAUUGCUAGUCCAUUAUGAUGUGGAUGCAGUUUGUGCGUGCAAGAUACUACAGGAUUUGUUUAAAUGUGAUAAUAUCUCCUACACACUAGUGCCAGUUGGUGGUAUUUCCGAGUUAAAGACUGCGUAUGACGAAAAUAAUGAAGAGAUCAAGUAUGUGGUCCUAGUGAACUGUGGCGGGACUAUAGACCUAGUUGAUAUACUUCAACCAGAAGAAGAUGUUGUGUUUUUUGUAUUAGACUCCCAUAAACCUACUGAUAUUUGCAAUGUUUAUAGUGAUGGACAGGUGCAGCUAGUUUACAAAGAUGAUGAAGAAAACAUUCCAAAUUUUGAUGACAUAUUCAGAGAAGAUGAAGAUGAAGAUGUGCCUGAUGAAAACCUUCAGGGUACAGAGAGAUUAGAGGCGGUAGUGGAACGGCGAAGAGAGAGAAAGGCAUGGGAAGAGAAGAGACAUACUCUUAUGUUUAAUUACACACAAUUCUCCUACUAUGGGAAACCUAGCGCAUGUAUAGCCCUAGAGCUGGCAGUGCGAGCGUCACGAUGUAAUGCAUCAGCCUUAUGGGCGGGUGCGGUUGGUUGCGCUACUCAUUCGGCUCUACACCUAAGACCACCCGCACAGUGUUUGCUUGACGCUGAACCCCUGAACCGCUGUUUGCAUACCCAAAGACAUAGUACGACAGCACACGUAGUAGUAGAAAAAGACGCGUGGCUCCCUCUGUACCGUUGGUGGUCAGUGGAAGGAGCUCUAAGUCACGCUUCGUGCUUUGCCCCUAAGUUAAAGUUACACGCGAGCUCGGGAGCAAGUCGCUUAAGACAGUUAUUAGCUGAUAUGGGGUUUCCCCUCCAGCAAGCACGCCAAGCCUACCGUUCUAUGGACGUGGAACUUCGUCGCUGUCUUCUUACAGCUCUGGAGACAGCUGCGCCUAAGCACAAGUUACCCGUCCCUACUCGUGCCACUUUCUUACUACAGAAGCCCCAUGCCCAACCAUUGGCGGCGUUGGACACUGUGUAUGCUAUCAUGGCGUUAAUAGAACACGAGACAUUACCAAAAGCAGAAGGCUUUCAAAAGGCUCUGUCAGUGCUUCAAGUCAGCGGAGAGAAUGAAUCUCUGAAGCAAGGAGUAUCAGCUGCGAGAAAGGCCUUGGAGGCUGUGGCUCGACUAGCUCAUUCCAUACUUUCAUCACGAGGACUGCUAUUGGCUGGACCUUUCAACUACUUUAUAGUUCAAGAGGGUACUUCAGAAUCUGCUAUGGUCAAGGGUCCACUAUGGCUGGGUGAAGCGGCUCGAUGGAUUGCAUCAGCUACAAGCGGAUCUAAACCAUUAGUAGCAAGUUCCCCUCUACCCAAUGGGCAGUGUCUGCUUCUUGGACUACCCCCGAGAUAUGACGAGGAGCCACAUAACUUAUUUGGAGCAGCUUUUGAACAAGCAGCGCAGAAAAGUGGGGCCACCGUUAUCUUAGACUAUGUUGACACUUCUAUUCUUGUACUACCUGUGAGUCAAAGGACACAGUUUCUCGAUGCUCUUACCGCGUUACUAGCCUAA